AUGAGUGAAAUUUGUUUGGACAUUGAUUUGUACAAAGUUUGUAGAAUCUGUUUAUCGCAAACAGAUAUGAACCAUCCUCUUUUUAGCAUAUUUACGGACGCAAUAGUAGAUGGCAUGUUUGUGACUGUUUUCGAAGUGAUGGAGGACUGUAUCGGGAUACGGAUAAAACACUCUGCGGAGGUGCCGGACAAAAUAUGUCAGACAUGCAAAACUACCAUAUUUCAAUUUUAUGUGUUUAAACAAAAAUGUCAUCGUUCAGAAAAUUUAUUACGAUCGAUGUUGGAACAUCGGCUAUCACUUGCCAGUGCUGAAAGAGCGAACGAUAAUGAUUCGGAAGAAAAUGAUAUUGCCGAAGCGGAAAGAAUGAGUAAACCGUGUAUCAAUCAGGAACUUCCCCCGUCGGUGGAAUAUGUGGAAGAAACAAUCGAAGAAGAAGUUAUGGGGGUUAUAAGUAAUGAUAACGAAACUUUAAUUCCUCACCGGUGGGAAAAUGUUGUUGCCUUGUCACCAGAUAUAUUCCGCAUGUCCAAAGUUCCUAAUAUUCAUAUUCUUAAUCAAGUAGCGUCAUCUUCCUUAAUUUGUGAACAAAAUUCGCAUUCUGAUACAGUUUCUAAAUCAUCCAACUUUGAAACAGAAUCAUCAAAAUUUGAACCUGUAAUGGAUACAAGUUCAAAAACAAUCGCAACAAUCAACCGUAAUGUUUGUGACAUAUGUGGAAAAGUAGCAAUCUCCAGAUCACGUCUGACCAAGCAUAUGAAGCUUCACAAUGAUUCUAAAAUUGUAGUAGAUCAUAUGCGGUUUUUUUCUUGCACCUUUUGUGAAUAUGUGUUUCUUCGGGAAGAAAAUUUUAAUGACCACAAUAUUCGGUGCACUGGAAGAUUGACGAUUACUCUAAAGGAUAAUGAUGCAAGUCACGUGGGACAAAGUUUAGAGCGCACUAAGUGCAACGUCGGCAGCGGUGUAUGUGGUAUCUGUGAUGCGAGGUAUGAGAAUAUGCUACAUCUGAAACAGCACAUAAUUUUCCAUCUGGACAAAUUUACAUGCCCCUUAGAAGCAUGUGGGUGUGAAUAUGCGUCACUGGCGAGAUUAAACAUUCAUAUUAGCACCCAACAUGUGGAAUACCUUUCGCCAAAUUGUCCCCACUGCAAGGAAGAAAUCGAUCGGAUCGAUAUCAGACAACAUGUGCGACUGUUUUGUAAAGCCAAACAAUAUGAAUGCAACCAUUGUGAUAGGAAAUUUCUUUCGUGGAAAUCUUUAUCGCAGCAUUUGAAAAAAUUACAACAAAGCUUCCAAUGCACACAGUGUGAUAAAUCAUUUUCCUCACAGGCAUCAUUGAAACUGCACGAGCGUACGCAUACCGGAGAGCGCCCAUAUGUAUGCACGAUUUGCAAUAAAACGUAUAAAACACCAGGCAUGCGAACAGCGCACAUGGAUACGCAUAUUGAAGGAAAAACGUUCAAAUGUGACAUGUGUGGUAAAUGUCUUCAAACGCGUGCCUGUUAUCGAAACCAUAUGAAACGACAUUUAGAGCAGCGUAAUCACGAAUGUUUCGUGUGUGGGAAGAAAUUUUUCCAAAAAUGUACACUCCGUGUACACUUGAAGAUGGUGCACAGAGUGUCACGUGAUGAGAUGAAUGAGUAA